CUCCAAUGAGAGCGGUAAAGUUUAAAUUUGAAACCUAAACGGUUGUGUUUAUGCUAGCAUUUCUUCCCAACUUCGAUGUAAAUGGCAAGUGAUGAACAACAAAACAAAUAAAGAGAACUCUUUGUCCCGCUUACCCGUGAUGACUUCCAAAAGAGUCCAUCCGGGAAGCAACGAUAUGGACCCGCAGCCUGCCCAGAAGAAAAUUCGCAAAGCCGAGCCGGAGCCUCCGAGGCGCAUUGUGGCAGCGUCUGUAGUUGGGGCGAGGAGGCCAGUGGCUGCCCCAGUGCCACGCCCUGCCGCAGUGAGACGUCCUGCUGCAGCUACCGUUGCUGGUGUUGCCGCAACAGGUGUAAACAAGCCACGGGUUGCCCCUGUUGCCAAAGUAAGCACAGGAGGUGGCAGCAAGAGGGCAGCAUGGGACUUGAAAGGCAAAGUCAGCGACAUGGAGAUGAAGGUUCAGAACUACCAGAGCCGUCUGAAGGGGGUCAGCCAGGAGAACGAAGACCUGAAGAGCUUCACGUCACGCGCCAAGGUGGACCUCGGCCGUCUGGAGAGGAGAAAUGCAGAGCUCGAGCUUGAACUCAAAGUGCUGCCAGGGUUGAAGGAAGAACUGGAGCAAGUGACCCAGCGGGCCGACACCGUGGAGAGGGACUUCAAGUCUACCUCUGACAAACUGAGAUCCGUGGAGUCCCUGAAAGACGCCCUCACAACUGAGCUGCAUACAACACAGAGCCAUCUGUCUGUCUGCAAGUCGUCUCUGGAGCAUACGCAGGACGUCCUCCAGAAGACCCAGGAGGAGCUCCGGCAGGCCAAGGAGCAGAUCGUCAAGAUGGAGGAGGAGCUGUACAGCGGGGAGAUGGAGCGCCGGAAACUCCACAACACCAUCCAAGAACUCAAGGGCAACAUCAGGGUGUUCUGCCGAGUGAGGCCCCUGCUGUCUGAUGUUGGGGCGGAAAUCCCCCAUAUCCAGCUGCCGACCCAUGACAACAAGGCUGUGGUCCUGGCCAAGUCAGAGGAGUCUCACACGGGGCGCUCCGGCGACACGCAGAAGAACUACAACUUCAGCUUCGACCACGUGUUUGGUCCGGCGGCCUCCCAGCAGGAGGUGUUUGAGGAGAUCUCCCUGCUGGUGCAGUCGGCGCUGGACGGCUACAACGUCUGCUGCUUCGCCUACGGCCAGACGGGCAGCGGCAAGACCUACACCAUGGAGGGCAGCGAGGAGGAGCCGGGCGUCAUCCCCCGCGCCGUCAAGCAGAUCUUCAAGGCCGCCAAAGUGCUGGAGGCCAUGGGCUGGGAGUAUUCCUUCACUGCCAGCUUUGUUGAGAUCUACAACGAGACCCUGAGGGAUCUUCUCUUCAAGGGCAAAUCCAGCAAGAGGCUAGAGCAUGAGAUAAAGAAGACCCCCAACGCUGGGAUCACCGUCACCAACCUGACCUACGAGGCUGUCACCAGUGAGGACCAGGUCUACAACCUGAUUGAGCUGGCCAACCAGAACCGGUCUACUGCUAAAACCAGCAUGAAUGACCAGUCCUCCCGAUCCCACUCGGUCUUCCAACUGGACAUCGAGGGCAAGAACACAGACCGUGGCACCAAGUGCAAAUCAUGCUUGUGUCUGGUGGAUCUGGCCGGAAGUGAGCGCGUACAGAAGAGCCAGUCUCAGGGAGAGAGAUUUAAGGAGAUGACCGCCAUCAACUCCUCCCUCACCAACCUGGGCAUUGUGAUCUCCUCCCUGGCCAACAAGGAGAACCACAUACCAUACCGUAACUCCAAGUUGACCUACCUACUGCAGCAGUGCUUGGGAGGCAACAGUAAAACUUUGAUGUUCGUGAACAUUGCUGCAGAAGUUGACAGUUUCAAUGAGUCCCUCAACUCGCUGAGAUUCGCAACAAAGGUCAACGACUGUGUCAUUGGUACAGCAUCCGCCAACCGCAAAUAAACUGUAUUGAUUUUGUUUUUUUUGAAUGCAUACAGACUUGUAUAAAGUAGAAGUAAAAGCACUGAUAUGAAUGUAUACAGAAUUAGCAGUAUGGUGUUACCUGGCUCUGCAGCCAUGUAAUAAUUAUACUCUUGGUGUUGUAAUUACAUCCAUAACGGUACUUUUAUUUCUACUGCAUAUAGCUGUGACCAUAUAUGACACUUCUAUUUUUAUGGCAUAAUUUUUAACUGCUUUUACCAAUAAUUUGGAUUUCUUGAAUGUAUGUAUUAAAACUUUGGUCUUGCUAUUAAAUCACCCUUUGCAUUACUCUCC